AUGAACUCAACCAAUAGAUACCACCCAUAUUUUACUUACAGAACAGAGGAUAUGGCCUAUGUUAUGAUGCUGAAAACCCCUUCCAGUUCAUACAUAAAAUCAAAGACUUUUGAAGGAGAAACUGCUCUUCAUCUUUCUGCUAAAUGUGGCAGUGUUUGUUGUGCACAGCUUCUGCUGGAAGCUGGAGCUGAUCCAAAUGAUGUAACUAACGAAGAGACAACUCCACUGUUUUUAGCUGUUGAAGGCGGGCAUAAGGAUGUUGUCAAGCUUUUGCUCAAGAAUAAAGCAAAUAUGAAUGGUUCUCAUUCUUGUUCAGGGUGGAAUCCAUUGCACCAGGCCUCAUUAAUGGAGCGCACUGAUAUUAUGCAGCUACUCCUGGAAAAUGGUGUGAACAAGGAAUGUGAAGAUGAUUUUGGAAUUACACCGUUAUUCAUUGCAGCACAAUAUGGAAAAUCUGAAAGCUUAAACAUGCUAUUGCUUUAUGGUGCUAAUGUCAACUGCCAGGCCAAGGACAAAGCCACACCAUUAUUUAUUGCUGCCCAGGAAGGCCACGAUCAGUGUGCAGAGCUGUUGCUAUCCAAGGGAGCUGAUCCAAACCUGUUCUGCAAUGAUGAUAGUUGGCAAUUGCCAAUUCAUGCAGCUGCUCAGAUGGGCCAAAGCAAGAUUUUGAGGUUGCUAUUACCAGUCACAGAUCGGAUAUGUGAUAAAGGGGAAGGUAAAGUGAGCCCUGUAUACUCAGCUGUUUAUGGAGGACAGAAAGAGUGCUUGGAGAUUUUGCUAAUGGGAGGUUAUAGUCCUGAAGCUCAGAACUGUCUGCUUUUUGAAAGUACAACACCAAUGUGCAUGGUUUUUCAAAGAAGAAACUUUGGAAUGGCGUCUUUGCUUCUCAGAUUUGGAUUCAGAUUGACAAGCAGAUAUUUGCUAAAUUGUUUGGAGUACAAUAUUUUAGGUUUGUUUCGCUACUUUCUAAACCAGCGGUGCCCAUUGCCAUCAGGAAAUGAGAUAGAUGAACUAAAGCUACAUGCAUAUAAAAUGCAUUAUGAUACGAAAGAGUUUCUGCCAUAUUUACUCCUGGCUGGAUUCAAUCCCUUAAAUUUGAUGGACAGCGUAUGGAUUUGUUCUGUAAACAAUGACAUUCUCAAUCUCACUCUGGAGUUUACUAAUUGGAAGAGGCUUCCUCCAGAUGUGGAGCAAAUUUUGUCCACCCACGCAGAAAGUUCCACCUGGAUUCCAAAGAAGCAUUUUGAAUCCAUCCCAAGUUUAAUGCACCUUUGUCGUCUUGAAAUACGAUUCUGCUUCAAAAGUGAACAAUUGCGGUCCGAUUCACUAAUCCACCAGUUGCCACUUCCUUCGUGUCUCCAAGAUUUUCUGCUGUAUUUUGAAGUGCUAGAUAUGUAUGGUAUUAACCACAGAGAUAAUUGUGAAGAGGGGGAGUUGGGGAAUAAUAUCCAACUAAGUGAAUAAAGUAUCAUUGUAUGUUGAAUUUGAAGACCUUUUCUACAUUUAUAUCUAGUAAAUGUCUACAAAACAAAUUGUGAUCUUGUUUGAUGAUUUAAAUAAUAUAACAAUAUAAACAUACUUUUUAUGUAAUAUACCUAGUUUAAAUAUAAAUAACAUUCAUUAAGCUCAUUGAAAAUAUUGUUGUGUAUAAGCUUGUCUGUAAGAAUACAUUUUUGUACUUUGGAAUAUAUGAAUUGUUUUUUAAAUACAUGGGCUUUAUUUCCAUUAAAAAAAAAUUGAACUCAUGAUGAUCAACUCAUAAAGCCAUUGUUUAUACCGUACUUCGAAUCAAAAAUAGUUAAUCUUAAGUAUUUUCUCCCUUAACUCUAAACACUUGGGGGCGGAUUUAUCAAGGGCCGAAUAGCCUCUGUUGCCCCUGUUUCCACCGCCGGAAACAGCAGUUAAAACCUCUGCUCCUUAACUGGUCCGCCUGCUCUGAGGCUGCGGACAUCAAUCCGCCCGAUCUCAUACGAUCGGGCUGAUUAACUCCCCCUGCUAGCGGCUGAUGGCUGCGAAUCUGCAGGGGGCGGCAUUGCACAAGCAGUUCACAAGAACUGCUUGGGCAAUGAUAAAUGCUGACAGCGAAAGCUGUCGGCAUGCAUCGAUGUCUGUAGGACAUGAUCCGCUGAGCGGAUCAUGUCGGACAGACCGAUGAUAAAUUGACCCCUUGUUCUCUACUUUUAAAUCUACUCUACACUCUGUCCAUACAUAAUAUGUAUGCCUUUUCAUGUGUUUAUGUCGAACCUCAAAUAAAAAAAUAAAAUAAAAAAAAAUGCAGGGAAUUUUUUUUACUCUCAGGCUUCUUGGGAUUUUUUUCUCAUCUAUAUAAUGUUCCAGAAAUUCAAUGUCCCACCAUAAUUUUAAUUCUUUAAUGUGGGUCUUUUCCUUCUUAGCAUAUAGUGUUUCCAAUCCAACUUAUUUUGAACAGACUGUUGCUGUGCCCUUAAUUAAUUUCUCAAAAAUUUCUCUCCUGUUUUUAUCACAUGAAGCAGCCAUGUUGUUUGUAUUUACUAUGUGGGAAUCUAAAUAAAUAAAGUGAAGUUUACAUACAAUUCCUCUGUUUAGUGGAGAUUAUUGCAAUCAUUGAAAAGAACACCUGUAUUUAUCACAGAGUUUUUCAAAUGUAACUUCUCACAAAUUUAUCAAAUAUAUAAACACCCGUGACUCACAACUUACUCUGAGCUACACACAUUGCGGCAGUCACUGUGUUAUAAAUACCCCACAAAGUACUUUUGAAUUCAGUUAUAUUGCAAAAUUUCGGCUUACCCCUCCUCUGUCACGGCCCUUAGUAAGAAAGAAGUAUUUUGGAUCUAUACAUUAAAAACAGGACAUCCACUGGGAAUUAAUAAAACCAGCGAUGUUAAAUUGUUUAUAGAUUAUAAUUAGUUUUCCUAUCUAAACUGAAGCCUACAUUUACUCUAUAUGGGUUUGUUACUAACAUUGUUUUUCCUGUUUAAAAAUAGUAGUAUCUAUAUUUAAGAUUGCAAAAUAUUUAGUUUGAGGAGGCAUUUUAUAAUUAAUAUUGUUUACAUUCAAUUUUUUAUACAAGGUUAUUAUAUAUUUGUCUUCUUUGUUAUAAAUAUAUAAAUGCGGUAUUAACAAUAUGCCAUCGAUCUAGAUACUGAACACCAGUAUUAAUUCAUAGUGUAUACAAGUGUUUCCAUUCUAAACUUUUUCUAUGUUUAUUAUAAUCUUUUUUUUUAAAAAAAAGUUUGUAUAGAUUGAUGUUAAUUUGUAUCUUUGGCAGUUUAAUGUAGUAUUACUAUGCUUUUUAAAUUGCUAGUGGAGUAACUCAUUUAAAUCUGUGAACAGCUGAGACAGAAUUCUGUCAUUUCAUUGGCUCAGGUAGACAGCUCCACAGGCAAUUUAAUACCUUCAAUCUCACCUGUAUUUUAGCUCUGAGGAAGUGCCGCAAGGCAGGAAACGCGUCAGCAGCAGUUCUGUGUGCUGUGCCCUAUUGCUCUUUUAAACUUUGCACAAUAAAUUGGAUGUUUUAAAUUA